UCCUGCCUUCUUCGCGCUAGCAGCGAGGCUCGGCCCGUUGGAGGUCGCUUUGUUGUGAAAACGCGGGUGGAUCUUCCCAGGCCAUGAUGAAUCUAGCUGCUGGCUUCCUUCUGAUGCUUCUGGAAGUGCUGCUCCUGCCUGGAACACCUCUUUCCGCUGAGGAAUCUCCAGCCUCCACUCCAGGCAGCCCUCUCUCGUCCACUGAGUAUGAACGCUUCUUCGCCCUGCUGACCCCAACCUGGAAGGCAGAGACCACCUGCCGCCUCCGUGCCACCCACGGCUGCCGGAACCCCACUCUCGUUCAGUUGGAUCAAUAUGAAAACCACGGAUUGGUACCAGAUGGUGCUGUCUGCUCCGAUCUCCCUUAUGCUUCCUGGUUUGAGUCCUUCUGCCAGUUUGCUCAGUAUCGUUGCUCCAACCAUGUCUACUAUGCCAAGAGGGUCCGGUGCUCCCAGCCCGUCUCCAUCCUAUCCCCCAACACUCUCAAGGAGGUGGAGUCUUCAGCAGAAGUUCCUCCCACUUCCAUGACCACCCCCAUUGUGUCCCAUGCCACAGCCACAGAACACCAGGCCUUCCAGCCUUGGCCUGAGCGGCUCAACAACAACGUGGAGGAGCUGCUGCAGUCAUCCUUGUCCCUGGGAGGCAAGGACCAACAGAGCAGUCGGAGACCAGGCCAGGAGCAGCGCAAGCAGGAGCAGAUCCAAGAACAUAAGCUAGAAGAAGCGCAGGAGCAAGAAGAGCAGGAAGAAGAGGAAGAGGAGGAGGAAGCCAAGCAGGAAGAGGGGCAGGGGACAGAGGCGGGUCUGGAGUCAGUGUCCAGGCUGCAGUCAGACUCAGAGCCCAAGUUUCAAUCCCAGUCACUGUCUUCCAACCCGUCCUUCUUCACUCCCCGGGUCCGAGAGGUGGAGUCUGCUCCAUUGAUGAUGAAGAAUAUCCAGGAGCUCAUUCGGUCUGCCCAGGAAAUGGAUGAAAUGAAUGAACUGUAUGAUGACUCCUGGAGAAGCCAAAGCACUGGCAGCCUCCAGCAGCUGCCCCACAUGGAGACCCUGAUGGUGCUAUGCUAUUCCAUUAUGGAGAAUACCUGCACCAUGACUCCCACAGCCAAGGCCUGGAGCUACAUGGAGGAGGAGAUCCUUGGCUUCGGGGAUUCGGUGUGUGACAAUCUCGGAAGGCGACACACAGCUGCCUGUCCCCUCUGUGCAUUCUGCUCCCUGAAGCUGGAGCAGUGCCACAGUGAAGCCAGUGUGCUGCGCCAGAAGUGUGACGCUUCCCACAAGAUACCCUUCAUCAGCCCCUUGCUCUCAGCCCAGAGCAUAUCCACGGGCAACCAGGCGAGGAUCCCAGAUAAAGGACGAUUUGCUGGGCUAGAAAUGUACGGAGGACUCAGCUCAGAGUUCUGGUGCAACCGGCUUGCUAUGAAGGGCUGUGAAGAUGACCGAGUCUCCAACUGGCUCAAAGCUGAGUUCCUUAGCUUCCAGGAGGGGGAUUUCCCCACCAAGAUUUGUGACACAAACUAUAUCCAGUACCCAAACUACUGUUCCUUCAAAAGCCAGCAGUGCCUGCUGAGAAACCAGAACAGAAAGAUGUCCCGCAUGAGGUGUAUGCUGAAUGAGAGGUACAACGUGCUAAGCCUGGCUAAGAGCGAAGAGGUGAUCCUUCGAUGGAGCCAAGAGUUUAGCACUUUGGCUAUAGGCCAGUUUGGAUGAGCUGAGGUCUGUGUCCCCCCACCCCAGCUCUACCUUGCUCCAUCGCUCUCAGACUACAUCUGUCAGUUGGCUUCCAGGUGCCCCUCAUGGGGCCUCCUCCCUGGCCCCUACUUGCAUUUUCUUUGGGUUGGGAGAACAGUCCCAGAGAGGUGCAUGAUGGGAGCUCCGAGUGCCUUGAAGAUUACCUUCAAAUAAAAUGUUUAUCUG